GCGGGCAUCCCACCCUGCCUACCGCCGCCUCCGCCUCCUCCUCCCGGCACGGCAGCCAGCUCCACCUGGGAGAGGAACAUUCGGCGGGCGGCCCGGUCGGGGCCAAGCAUAGGCAGCCCAGCCCCCUGGCUCCCCGCAGGGACAGCAACCCCUUCACCGAGAUUGCCAUGAGCAGCUGCAAGUACAACGGCGGGGUGGUCAAGCCGCUGACCAGUCUGAGCACCUCCAAGAGGAACCUGGUGGAGCCUCCGGCCGAGACGGAGCCCCAGACCCUGCAGGUUUUCAGUUGCAACCACGUCCUGGGCACCACGCCGGAGAUCGUCAUCUCGUGCCGGGAAGACCACCACCACCACCUGCUCCUGGGCCAGGAGCCCAGCGCACAGCGGCAGCAACAACAGCAACAGCAGCAGCAGCAGACCAAGGGUAGCAAGCGCAAGAACCAGAACAUUGGAUACAGGCUGGGGCACCGGCGAGCCCUGUUCGAGAAGAGGAAGAGGCUGAGCGACUACGCGCUGAUCUUCGGCAUGUUUGGCAUCAUUGUCAUGGUGAUAGAGACCGAGUUAUCUUGGGGACUCUACUCCAAGACUUCCAAGUAUUCCAUGUCCUUGAAAUGCCUUAUCAGCCUCUCCACCAUGAUCCUGCUGGGACUCAUCGUAGCGUACCAUGCCAGGGAAGUCCAGCUCUUCAUGAUCGACAACGGGGCGGAUGACUGGAGGAUCGCCAUGACGUACGAACGCAUCUUCUUCAUGAGCGUGGAGAUGGUGGUGUGCGCCAUCCACCCGAUCCCCGGGCACUACACCUUCCACUGGCGGACGCGCCUGUCCUUCACCUACACCCCGUCGGUGAUCUGGGCGGACGUGGACAUCAUCCUCUCCAUCCCCAUGUUCCUGCGCCUCUACCUCAUCGCCCGGGUCAUGCUGCUCCACAGCAAGCUCUUCACCGACGCCUCGUCCCGCAGCAUCGGCGCCCUGAACAAGAUCAACUUCAACACCCGCUUCGUCAUGAAGACCCUGAUGACCAUCUGCCCCGGCACCGUCCUGCUGGUCUUCAGCAUCUCCCUGUGGAUCAUCGCGGCCUGGACCGUGCGUGUGUGUGAGAGGUACCAUGACAACCAAGAUGUCACAAGCAACUUUUUGGGGGCCAUGUGGCUCAUCUCGAUUACUUUUCUAUCCAUCGGGUACGGAGAUAUGGUCCCUCAUACCCACUGUGGCAAGGGAGUGUGUCUUCUGACUGGCAUCAUGGGUGCGGGCUGCACGGCCUUGGUGGUGGCUGUCGUUGCAAGGAAACUGGAGCUGACCAGGGCCGAGAAACAUGUGCAUAACUUCAUGAUGGACACGCAGCUGACCAAGCGGAUCAAGAACGCGGCUGCCAAUGUCUUGCGGGAGACCUGGCUCAUCUACAAACACACCAAGCUGCUGAAGAAGAUCGACCAUGCCAAAGUGAGGAAGCACCAGAGGAAAUUCCUGCAAGCCAUCCACCAGCUUCGUAAUGUGAAGAUGGAACAGAGGAAACUGACUGACCAGGCAAACUCUCUGGUUGACCUCUCAAAGAUGCAGACCAUCAUGUACGACCUGAUCACGGAGUUGAACGAUCGUGGCGAGGAGCUGGAGAGACAGAUCCUGAGCCUGGAGCGCAAGCUGGAGGUCCUGACCAGUAGUUUCCAGGCGCUGCCUGGUCUGAUCGCCGACUGCCUCCGCCGCCAACAACAGCAGCUGCCGGGAACCAUCGGCGAGUCGCUCUCCAGCGCCCCGCCAACCACCGACAGCCGCCCCGUCUCCGGGACCACCCCCUCCACCCCUCCCUCCUUCCCCACCCCUUGCACCAGCUCCAGCAGCUGCUAGGACCACCCGGAACGGACUUGCUACAACCCUGAACCCCCCUUAACGCUUUCCCACUCCCCCAUCUCACCACCCUCCCCUCUCCUCCCCUUACACCCUCACCCUGGAACAAUUUUUUUUUUUUUAAAGCGAGGGGGCAAAAUGGGGAGGGGGUUUCGUUCCGGUCCAAACUGAACCCAGAUUUGCGCCACCUCGCCCCGCCACCCGGGUCCACAAUACCCCGGGAAACCGACCCCCCCCCCAACCAACGGACUGGAGCCGCCAAUCAGCGAACUCUGCAGGUGUGGAAAAGUGCGGCGUGGGUGGGUUGGAAGAAGGAGAGGAGGAACAAAAAGACGAAUUGCCUUCGAGCGCCCAAAAGGUAUUAUUUUUAGACAGAACCAAUAUAUGAACCAAAAUAGGCAGUGCAGCGUAGGUUCACCAGGUUAAUUCCCGGGAUGGCGGGACUGAUGUAAGAAUGGGUCGACUGGGCUUGUAUUCACUGGAAUUUAGAAGGGUGAGAGGGGAUCUUAUAGAAACAUGUAAAAUCCUGAGAGGGUUGUACAGGCUAGAUGCAGGAAAAAUGUUCCCGAUGUUGGGGGAGUCCAGAACCGGGGGCCACACACACACACAGUUUAAGAAUAAGUGGUCGGCCAUUUAGAACGGAGACACUUUUCCACACAGAGAGUUGCGAGUCUGUGGAAUUCUCUGCCACUGAAGGCAGUGGAAGGCCAUUCACUGGAUGUUUUCAAGAGAGAGUUAGAUUUAGCUCUUGCGGCUAACGGAAUCAAGGGAUGUGGGGAGAAGGCAGGAACGGGGGUUACUGAUUGUGGAUGAUCAGCCAUGAUCAUAUUGGAUGGCGGUGCUGGCUCGAUGGGGCGAAUGGCCUCUACUCCUGCACCUAUUUUCUAUAUUACUAAAAAGAAAAAAAGAAAGAAAUGGAAGCCCGAUAGAAUAGAAAUGCCCGGAUAGAGUGGAUGUGGAGAGGAUGUUUCCACUAGUGGGAGAGUCUAGAGUCUAGGACCAGAGGGCACAGCCUCAGAAUUAAAGGAUGUUCCUUUAAGAAGGAGAUGAGGAGGAAUUUCUUUAGCCAGAGGGUGGUGAAUCUGUGGGAUUCUUUGCCACAGACGGCGGUGGAGGCCACAAGUCAGUGGAUAUUUUUAAGCUAGAGAUGGAUAGAUUCUUGAUUAGUGCGGGUGUCAGGGGUUAUGGGGAGAAGGCAGGAGA